ACUGCGCUGCGUCGCGCCGCACCGCGCUCUGUUUCACUUCCCGGUGAUCCGCCUUCCGGAGGGAAAUCUUGUAGCUGACUAUGGCGACCCCGGCGGAGCAGUGGGUACUGGUGGAGAUGGUGCAGGCGCUCUACGAGGCUCCUGCUUACCAUCUUAUUUUAGAAGGAAUUUUAAUAUUGUGGAUAAUCAGACUUCUUUUCUCUAAAACUUACAAGUUACAAGAACGAUCAGAUCUUACAAUCAAGGAAAAGGAGGAAUUGAUUGAAGAGUGGCAGCCAGAACCUCUGGUUCCUCCUGUCUCCAAAGACCAUCCAGCUCUCAACUACAACAUCGUUUCAGGCCCUCCAAGCCACAAGAUUGUGGUGAAUGGGAAAGAAUGUAUAAACUUUGCCUCCUUUAAUUUUCUUGGAUUGCUGGAUAACCCUCGGGUUAAGGCAGCAGCUUUAGCAUCUCUAAAGAAGUAUGGCGUGGGGACCUGUGGACCUAGAGGCUUUUAUGGGACAUUUGAUGUUCAUUUGGAUUUGGAAGAGCGCCUGGCAAAAUUUAUGAAGACUGAAGAAGCCAUUAUAUAUUCAUAUGGCUUUUCCACCAUAGCCAGUGCAAUUCCUGCUUACUCUAAAAGAGGGGACAUCAUAUUUGUAGAUAGAGCAGCCUGCUUUGCUAUUCAGAAAGGAUUACAGGCCUCACGGAGUGACAUUAAGUUAUUUAAUCAUAAUGAUGUGGCUGACCUGGAGCAACUACUAAAGGAACAAGAGAUCGAAGAUCAAAAGAAUCCUCGCAAGGCUCGUGUGACUCGACGGUUCAUUGUAGUAGAAGGAUUAUAUAUGAAUACUGGAAGUAUUUGUCCUCUUCCAGAGUUGGUAAAGUUAAAAUACAAGUACAAGGCAAGAAUCUUUCUGGAGGAAAGCCUUUCAUUUGGAGUUCUUGGGGAGCAUGGCCGAGGAGUCACUGAGCACUAUGGAAUCAGUAUUGAUGACAUUGAUCUUAUCAGUGCCAACAUGGAGAACUCACUUGCUUCCAUUGGCGGUUUCUGCUGUGGCAGGUCUUUUGUAAUUGACCACCAGCGACUCUCUGGCCAGGGGUAUUGCUUUUCAGCAUCUUUACCUCCCCUGUUAGCUGCUGCUGCCAUUGAGGCCCUCAACAUCAUGGAAGAGAAUCCAGAUAUUUUUGCAAUAUUGAAGAAAAAGUGCCAACAGAUUCAUAAAGCUUUACAAGGCAUUUCUGGAUUGAAAGUGGUGGGGGAGUCCUUUUCUCCAGCAUUUCAUCUUCAACUGGAAGACAGCACUGGAUCUCGAGAAAAAGAUGUGAAACUACUUCAGGAAAUCAUAAGUCAGUGCAUGGACAAAAGUAUUGCAUUAACUCAGGCAUGCUACUUGGAGAAAGAAGAAAAAUGCCUCCCUCCUCCAAGCAUCAGAGUUGUGGUCACAGUGGAACAGACAGAGGAAGAGCUGGAGAGAGCUGCAUCUACCAUCAAGGAAGUAGCGCAGGCUGUCCUGCUGUAGGCCAAACCCAGCACCCUGUGGCCCCCAUCAUGAACAUGCAGACAGGACUCCUCAGAGAUACCUCAGGAGAACUCAGUGAUGUCUAGUGGGAUUGUUACCAAGCAGUGUCAAAAUAGACCAAAUGUGUGACUGAGAGAAGGGUGGAUGUUCAUUAUUUUUACAAGGAAACAUUUACACACCCAAGAAUUGAUUUUUUAAGGGGAAGGCUAAUGACAGUACCUACCCUAGUGUUUAAUUUCUUCUGUCUAGUAUUGUUUAAAUGUUUUAUUGUAGUACUAUUUUUUAUUGUUUUUGUUGUUGAAACUGGAGCUUUAGUUUCUCUUCUCUCUCUUCUGUGGUAAUGAUUCUGUAAGCAUACCUUAAUAGUUCAUAAAAACAACUUUGCAGUAAUUCAUGCUAAGAGGAACACUUUGGUGAUGUGAUAACAUAGUUUACUACUAAAGAUGUAAUUCAACCACAUCUUUUCCAUUCUUCAUCAUGUAAGGUGGCUGACAUGCAAAGAAACACUUUUUGUGUAAUUAUUAUAAAUUUCAUUAUCUAUGGACCCCAGAAUUUAAUACACACUAGAUACUGAUAUGAUACCAUUUCUAAUCUGAGUAUCCCCAACAAGAGAAUAUUUGUUCUAUUUCCUAAAUGAGCAAUAAUUUCAGUCACUUUUAUUUUAAUACAAAUAUUGACCUUUACAUUUAUUAGGUGUAAUUUAUUAUGCAAAGAGGGUUGUUGUGUUGAUCCAAAGAUGUAAAUCAUGUCCUAGAUACUUUAAAAUGUCUCAGAUGUGCUUUUUUUUUUUAUAGUGGGUUUGCUGGGGAGAUAAACCAUGGCUUUUUACAAGCUAAGGAAAAUGAGAACUUUUGCUCUUCAUUUAUGAGUUCUACAUAUCUAUGAAAGCUUUAAAAAAAUUUUAAGCUGUACUGUAGCUGUUUUUUCUUUAGCAAACCAAGUUAAAUGAUAUAAAGGUUUGUAAUAUGUACCACAAAAUAGUACAUAAAUAUUAAUUUCAUCUUGUCUUAUUUGAAAGCAAACAAAUUGGAAAAAUAAACACAACUUUAUAAUCUAUGUUCAUACUAACAAAUGUUCUUCAACAUAUUUUUAAAUGACACAUUUUUUAAUGAUUAAUUUGUUUUGCUUGAGGUAUUUCAUACAGAUGUGCCUUGUGAUUGCUGCUGCUUUAGAGGAUACAAUACUGUCUAGGGGAUGAAUCUCUUUUGUUUUGUUUUUUAAUGAAAUAAACCUACAUUACUGAUGACAAGUCUGUUUGCAUAAGUAGUGUUCAACAGUAUAAUCUCUUAAUUUUAGAAAUGUUUUGCAAAUUUACAGCAGCAUUCUUUUUGCAUGUACUUUUAUUUUGUUUUGGGAAAUCAUUUCUCAGUCCCUUUCUUCAUAGCUGUUAUUGCUUAAAUCAAAGCCUGUGGAGCCCCCACCGGCUCCUAUGUUGAAGGCUUCAUUCUCAUGCAGUGGUAGUGCUGAGAGGUGGGGCUUUGGGAAAGUGAUUGGGGUCAUAAGGACCCUGACGUCAUCAGUGGAUUUACCUAUUGAUGGAUUCAUAGUUGAUGGGUAUUAGGAGAUGAUGGAAACUUAGGCAGUAGGACCUACUUGAAAGGAAUGGAUCCUUGGUAUGCUUUUGAGGGGUAUAUCUUGUUCCUGGAUGUUGGUUCUUUUUCUUUCUCUGCUUCCUGACUUGCCCUUCCACAUGUUCCCACUACCAUGGUGUUCUGAUUCAUCUCAAGAAUCUCUGAAACCAUGAGCCAGAAUAAACCUUUCAUCCUUUA